CAUAGCGAAUCUUUGACAGCCUUUUUUUUCAAAUAUUUUUUAUCACUAAAGAGAAGUUAUGAUUAUUUUUCAAUCAAGUUAUUCUCAGUUUUUUUUAAGUUUUUAUUUUCUUACAGCUCCCUAUAAUAUGAUUUUUUUUUAAAUAAGGGCGAAAAAAAUACGUCAGUUAUAUAACUAGAACAUUAGAAAUUUUUAUUUUAAUAUUAAUGACAUGUUUUUUUAGUUUCUUUAUAUCGGGUCAUCUUAUAUUUUGAUAGACCAAAAAUCCACAUGAAAAAAAAUUAAAUGUAUGAUGAAAAGCAGUCUACAUAAAUAUAAGAUGACCUUAAUAUGUACAAUGCGACGCUCCCGAAGAUUACGAACCAUACUCCUGAGUUAAAAGAUAGGAAUAUGGUUCAUAAUCAUCGGGCGCGUCGAAUGAUAAGAAAUACUUGCCUUUCGGAUAAGUGUUUUAAUUUGAAUAAAUGCUAGAAUUUUAUUCUAUAAAUAUAUAAUUACAGAAUAAAUAGGUUUAUUCAAAUAAAUUGAAUUGUUUAUUCAUGAUUCAAAGUUGACGUCGAAAAAGAAAUGUUCGGUAUCAAAAGUUCAGUGAUAAGGAUGCUUGUCACGAUGAAUUUUGGCUUCAGUUUACAUAUUCCCAUGUGAUUUAAAAUUCUAUGACUGUAUAAAUAAAUUUUAACAUUUUAUGCAAACAUAGAACGAGCUAUAAAUUGUAGGUCAUAUGUAUUAUGUAUUCUUUCAGUUUUACCAGGUAUAUAUGCCUCAAAAAAUCUGAUUGAUGAAGUACAAAUCCACAUCAACGAAUAUGCGGAUGUACUACUGUCGCGCAUUAAAAAAAAUAGUGUAAAGAGUACAUCCGAUGUACUGGACAUAAGCCAUCGGUCAGAAAACCAUCUUUGCUAUAAGAUAGUCAUCAUGGGAAAAUUCAAAUAUUUCCAUGGAACUCAGGAAAAAUUAUCUCCCAAAAAUUCACCGUUUUACCCCAGGUUCCCCUAUACCGUCAAACAAUAGAAGUAGACGCGCCCAAAGAUUAUGAACCAUACUACAACGAGUAUGGUUUAUAAUCUCCGGGCGUCUCGAAGUUCACACAGUACACACUUUUUCAUGGUGCCAGACGUUCCAAUUGAUUUUCAAACGUUUUGCUCUAACAAUAUUUUUGACAUGAUGUUCUUUUUUUUUUUGAAAUGCGAAGUCCUCGUGGUCUAUGGUGUACAUUAGAGUGAAGUGAAGCAUCCAUUUUUUUGUUGGUUCAUUGUUCUUAUCAUUCGCUUCAAUGAGCUUAAUUGGACAUGGUAGCAUUAGUUCUCUACGUUUUUUAUAUAAAAGCUAUAUAAUAAUUUUUUGUGACACUACGCUCACUACUAAUGUCAUGAAAGCUAUUGCUUAGAGUGCAACAGAGAGAUUCUGACACAGCUGUUGAGAGCACGAGAGAGCGAGCUGAAAGGAGUAGAUUUCCGUGGUGACAAUUCGUGGAAUGCAGUGUUACUGACUGACUAGUGCUAUUAUAUUUUUAAAAAGAAAUUGUGCUACGCAAAAAUUAAAACAGCUAACUCGCGAUGCCAAUGAAUGAUAAAAAAAUGGCACCAGAUCCAAUUCAAAGUUCAGAAACUCUUAUUAUUUCGGAUUCUGAAUCUAAUUCAGAACGAUCCAUUGUAUCUUUGAGGUCUACUAGCAACACGAGACGGGCCCCCAUGUUUGAUGCACUCAAGGAUUUGUGUGUGAACAAUAUAAACUUCUUUAAGCAUGACGAUUCCGAGAUGGGUUUGCGCCUCCAUGGUGCGUUUUUAGCGCUAGUUGACCAUAUAGAUAAGGCUCGGCCACUCGUGGACCAGAUCAGCGAAUUUGCUCAUGAGUAUGACUUCGAUAUUAAUACUCCUGGAAAUGGGUACAGAAGCUUCAUCAAAGUUAUCGAUUGUUGCAUAAUGCAUAGCAUCAAAACAUGUCGCACCGUACUUGAAGGUCGUACUUCUAUACUCUUCCGCAAGACCCUUUAUACAAAGGAAAUCGAAGCGUGUAGUCACCUCCUGGCUAGUCUUUGUAUCCUUCUUGACCACCUUAUGAUCCUACGAACUUGGAGUUCAGAGGGAAGUCUCUUCAGUGACCACACAGCCGAAGAACUGCUUUCUCACGGUGGGGCCAUUAAUCAAUAUUGUUUCUAUGGACGUUGCCUUGGAUUUCAAUUCCAUGAGAGCAUUCGUGGUGCCCUUAAAGUUGUACUAAGCUGCAUGGCUGGAUUUUCAGAGGGAUACUACUCACAAGGCAAUCGUCUGUCUAAAACUACAAGCUCCAUGUGGACGAGCGGCAAAUUCCUUCUUGAUCCAGAACUACGUGCUCGGCGUGUAGUUAAUUUGUCGCAGAAUUCCGAUGUACAUUUCUGCAAAGCUUUCUGGUUCUUAGCUGAAUCUGAAAUUAUGUAUAGCGUCCCAAGUGUGAUAGGAACUGCAAUUAAAGUGAAUAAAGUCGUAAGAAUUCCACCUGAAACUCUGAAGCUACUAAAAUCCGCAGGAGAUGGUUUUGUAGAAAUCCCAAUUCCAUUAAGCCAUCUAGGGCCAGGACCAGUGACUGCUCGUCUCUUAAGUUACAAUUUCCGCCAGGGAAUGAUGGGUGAGAGAAGUCAUAGAUGCAGUUCAGCAUUGCCACCAUCCAAGGGCUUGAUAAUUCACUGUCAUGGUGGUGGAUUUGUUGCUCAAAGCUCAAAAUCCCAUGAGCUCUACUUGCGAGACUGGGCAUACACUUUAAAUGUUCCAAUUUUGUCAAUUGAUUACAGCCUGGCACCAGCUGCUCCCUUUCCACGUGCCUUAGAAGAAGUAUUUUAUGCAUAUUGUUGGGCCCUCAAUAAUUGUGAAUACCUUGGAACGACAGGAGAAAAGAUAAUCCUUGCCGGUGAUUCAGCAGGAGCUAAUUUGAAUUUAAGCUGUACGCUAAAGUGCAUUGAAUUCGGAAUAAGAAAGCCUGAUGGUGUUUUACUGAUGUAUUGUCCCGUACUUGUGAGCUUUGUAGUUAGUCCAGCACGUCUUUUGUGCUUGAUGGAUCCACUAUUACCAUUUAGCUUUAUGAUGAGUUGCCUCAAAGCGUAUACAUGCCCUAAUGAGGAAGACAAUGGAAAGAUUGAGCGAAAUCGUCGUCGUGUUACCCAACUUCUUAACAUCAGUAAAUGUACUUCUCCCAUUGAAACUUCAUCAAGUGUUACAAUCACACCAAAAGAAUCCAAGAUUGUUAAUAUGCAAAAAACAUCAGAUUCUGACUCAACAAAUCGAAUGGAUGCUACGGUUAUGGCACACAAUGGUAUAGAAACUUCAAAAAUAGUGACUAAUAGUGAUGAUCAGAUCUCAGAUCUAUCACUGGAUGCCUCGUCGUGGGAUAAAUUGUCUGAAACGGACUUACAAAAUACUUCAGCCCCCUUCAAAAGCCCUAUGAGUGAUACACUUAGUGAUACAAUGGCCUCAGCAUCACUACGAAGUCACACGGUGGAAAAUACAGAGGUGCCAAGCCCAGAUGAAAGCAAUGGAAUAUCAUUUGAAGAAGAUUCCCAACCAAUAACCAUCCAUAAACCAUCACAAAAUGGAUAUGAACAUGAAUUUACCGAAAAGUUCAAUGCGGAUGUUACCAAUGUGGUGAAAAAAAGUCAAUCUUCUCAUCACUAUGUUAAUAACUUUAUUGAAAGAUACACCCUUGAUAAGGAAAAUGAAGAGGUGAAUAGGAUAGAAUGCGUAUCACGAACUAUCUCAGAAGACAACAUAAUUUUCGAAGUGGGAAAGGACACUUUAAGUGUAGAUUUUCUCAGAGAAGGCUUUCAGAAUAUAGCCACUAAAUUGUUUAGCGUUGUUAGCAGCCCGAUAAGUUACAUGCUAAAUUCCAGACACGCUUCUCCAUCUGGCAAACGCAAUUUCGAUUCGCUUCAAGCAAAGAGUCCAUCUGAGGAAUUCAUCUUUCAAGUACCGAAAGAUCCCUACAUUUCACCCUACUUUGCCACAGACUCUGUAUUAAAAGAGAUGCCACCAAUUAAAAUAAUCACACUGGAGAUGGAUCCCUGCCUCGAUGAUUGUGUGAUGUUUGCAAAAAGACUCAAAACAAUUGGAAAUCCUGUUGAACUGGACAUACUAGAAGGAUUGCCACAUGGUUUUCUUAACUUUACCGCUCUUUCUAAAGAUGCCGCCCAAGGAUCAAAGCUCUGCAUUAAGCGAAUAGCUGAGUUAAUGGAUAUGAAAGUACCUGUCGAUAAGACAAAAUCUUGUUGUUAAAUACCUCUUAUAUAACUCAUGAUACUCACGAUUGUUACCAUAUUACAUUAUAUAUAAUAUACUCAGAUUCACAUUUCCUUUUGCCCAUUGCCUUAUCUUUGUUUGUUACAAAAGAGUACAAGAAAUUACAAUAACGAUGCAUUAAAGCUCUGGGUUAAAAAUAAUUUAGUGUCACAAGCACUAUUAAUCAAAAAAAAACUAUAUGGGGCCAAAUAAAUUAAUAGAACAAUA